AUGCAAAGGUCGAUGGAGAAAUAUGUUUCGUGCUUAAUGUUGACCCUCAUCAUAAUAGACGUCAGCAAUGCGUUAACGUUCACGCGAACUAACACCACGCAUGCGCAGUUUCCGAAAUGGAACGCGUGCACGGAGAGCAGCCUCAGUUUCGAGUUUCGAACAAAAGAGCCGGACGGUCUCCUCCUGUACAUGGACGACAGCGGGGAAAACGACUUCCUGGAGCUGUCGGUAGUAAAGGGCCGCGCGCGGAUGCGUUUUAACAUCGUGCAGGGGAGGGACGGUGCUCUUACGUUGACGUUAGGGCGGCAAUUAAAUGACGGCGGAUGGCAUCGUAUUGAGAUUAGACGUAAACGUAUGCAGAUUUACCUGUACGUUGACAGGUACCACGAUUCACGAUUAGCUGUCGGUUCUGAUUUCUAUCUCGGAAACGUCGCCAACAACAGCUUUGUGUAUUUCGGAGGACUACCCAUGAUUUACGGUGAGGGAAAGAACAAAUCGAACCUUAAACGUCUCUCACUUCCGUCUGCCUUCUUUGAAACACGUUUUGAAGGAGAAAUCAGAAACACCAUUUAUGGAAACUGCACGUGCAGAAAGCAACGCGCCAAUAUGAUGUCAGGCGAAGACGUGUCGCCGUUUCCGCUCGAGGCGUGUGACGUCAUCAACACGUGCGGUGACUGCCUGUGUGUCAGCGGUGAUGACGGACCGGCGUGCAAGUGUCAGCAGGAAGCUUGCGAAGAUGGUAUGUUUGACAAAUGA